GCACAACUUUAUGCCAAGAUUUCAGGCUACUAAUCCCAAUCAGGAUCUUGGCGCACAACCUGCACUUUCAACUCUUCCGUUGAAGUGUCGACGGAUCGCAGUUAGAGAUCAACCACGACAGCUUCAGUCUCAACACCGCCAAAAUGCCUACGAGACUGACGAAGACCAGAAAACACCGCGGCCACGUUUCCGCCGGUCAUGGUCGUGUAGGAAAGCACCGCAAGCACCCAGGAGGUCGUGGUCUUGCUGGUGGUCAACAUCACCACAGAACCAACAUGGAUAAAUACCACCCUGGUUACUUCGGAAAGGUCGGUAUGCGACACUUCCACCUUCUGAGAAACCACUACUGGAAGCCGACGAUCAACCUCGACAAGCUCUGGUCGCUUGUCCCUGAGGAAACCCGCGAUGCCUACAUCUCCGGCCAGAAGACCGAUACCGCACCAGUUCUCGACCUCCUCCCUCUCGGAUACUCCAAAGUUCUCGGAAAGGGCCGAAUCCCAGAGAUCCCGAUCGUUGUGCGAGCGAGAUGGUUCAGCAAGGAGGCCGAGCGAAAGAUCAAGGAGGCCGGUGGUGUUGUCGAGUUGGUUGCAUAAAUGGGGCUGUCUCGAGAUGUUUAUGACUCGGAGUGCAAGGGCACUGGAUGGGUUUGACGUUUGCAGGGAGGGUUGAUUCCCAGCAUGCAUUUCAUGCAAAACUUAGAAUGCCCGAAUUGAGUAGGCAUCGGCAACAAAAUCCACAAUGAGCGAUUUCACAUAUCGGUACUCUACGAUUGAGGCAGAAACAAGCAGGGAGCGAACGCCUACAAAGCUCAUGCCGCCCACUUCUGAAGUGGUUGCAGAGGUAGCCCUGUGAAAGACCACAAUUUGCCAGCGCCCUGCAAACUACCUACCUAGGUAGAUACCACAAUCUGUAUCUGCAUUCCGCACCCUGUAGCAA